AUGACACUUUCGGAGGAGAGCAUCAUCCAUCCAGUGACUAUGAAGCUCUAUCUGCUUCUAGCUCUUUGCGCCGUCGCUAUCGCAACUCGACGCGAUUGGAACGACGAAGACGUUCGUCGCCAGGAGGUCAUCAGUGAGGAGCACGUGUUCAGACCACAACGCCUCUAUCGUUAUCUCUACAGAGGACAAAUAUCCAACGGUCUUCCCAGAGAAUCUACCCAACAUGCGGCCAGCCGAAUCGAAGCUCAGGUCGUUCUCGCAUUCCCGAACACCGAACGCACCGCCGUUCUCCAAAUUGACAAAAUCAGAUUCGCUGAUCUGAACGGUGAGUUGCCCGAACCGAGAGAAAUACAACGCUUCGACAUCUUCGACGAGAGACAAAUUGAAGAAGAACACGAGAGAGUGUUGCGUUUGCCGAUCAGAUUCAGGUAUGUUGAUGGACUUGUGUCAGAGAUUGAAUUCGAUCGUGAAGAUAAGCCAUGGUCCGAGAACAUCAAGCGUGCAAUCCUGAACCUGCUUCAAGUGAACCUAAAGAAGAAUAUGCGCACUGACAUCCGUGAAGAACAACGUGUCCGUGAUGAAAUCGAGCUGCGAGAGGAACGUGAGCAGAGACGCGAGAGGGUUGACUUCUUCACUGUUCAAGAGCCAACAUUGGAGGGAGACUGCGAAGUCUUCUAUACGAUCAACGAGGUUCCGGAGGAAGACAGAGAGACGUUGAAAGUGAGCAAAUCGAUCAACUUUGACAAGUGUCGCAGGAGAAUUGAAGUGAGAUACAAUCACCGCUUCGGAGAGCAAUGCGAGAAAUGUGAUGAAGAAAGCGAGAAGGAACGUCUAGCUAAAACAACGAGCGUCUUCACUUAUGAGAUCGUUGGAAAUAGGGAUCGAUUCGUGAUCAGCAGGGCUGAAGUGAGAUCGCAACACGUCAUUGUACCACUCUCACAAGAAGAAAUCACAAUGAAGAGCGUUGUUGUCGGACGUCUGGAAUUGGUGAACGUUCAAGAGCACAGAGAACGAAUCGAAGAGCCACGCAGUGAACGCAAACAAACCAUUGUCUACUCACCUGAACGUCAAGUUAAGGUUGAACGAUUCUAUAUGAAUGGUGAUGAAGAACUCAGAGAAGAUCACCCAUUCAGACUGAACCGUCAUAAAUAUGAACUCAUCGAGCAAGCUAUCCAGAAGAUGAUUCGUGCCAUGAGGGACAGAGAAAUUGGAAUCGACUUCGAUGCCACUGAACAAAUAACUCGUUUGGUAAGCAUCCUCCGCAGGUGCUCGAAACAGGAGCUUCAAAGAGUUGAGAAGGAAUUCAUGUGGGGAAACAAAUUCGAAGAGAAGGUUCAGAAGAAGGUUCGUGAUGUGCUGAUAGAUGCACUCGGAUUAGCUGGUACCAAGAACACAAUCGAAGUGCUUGUUGAGAGGAUCGCAGAACGAAGAAUAAGCUUACUGAAGUCAGCAAGAGCACUUCAAACGCUCAUCAACAGCCCAGUGGUCUCCGAGAAACAGAUUGAUAUGGUGCUGCGUUUGUGCAAGAAGGAUGUAUGUGAACGCAAUCCACUCCUGAAACAAUCCUGCCUUCUUACUGCUGGUGCAAUGAUCAAUGCUCUUUGCAAGCCAAACAAGGAUCGUCUUGCGAUUGAACUCGUCGACGAAAGAGUGUGCCCACGAGAAAUGAAAGAGAAAUACCUUCGAGAAUUGAUGGAGAUGUUCCGUAAUGCAGAGACCAGAUCCGAGAAGGUGUUGGCCCUAAAGACGAUCGCGAAUGCUGGUAUCGACCUAAGUGUAUACGAGAUUGAGAACAUCAUCAUGGACCGUCAACAAGAAAGAAUCAUCCGUACUCAAGCAAUUGAUGCACUCCGUCAACUCCGCCGCGUCAUGCCACGCAAGAUUCAACGUCUGCUCAUGCCGAUCUUCAAAGAUCAAAGCGAACAUCCUGAAAUUCGCGUCAACGCACUCGCACAAAUCAUCAACACACUCCCCGAACGUGCUAUCCUUGAGCAAAUCGCCGACACUCUUGCUCGUGAACCAUCUCGUCAAGUCAGGGCAUUCACAUACACCAUCAUGAGCACAUUCGCUCAAUCGAAGAUCCCUUAUGAGAGAAGACUGGCUGAAGAUCUUAAAAUUGCACUCCGUUUGGCACGUGUCGAAAUCAGAAACUGGGCUGAAAGCAAAUACAUGCACAUUCCGAUGUUUGCAGAAGAGCGCAGAGCUGGACUCUCAUUAGAUAUUGCAUCGAUCUUUGCAAAUGAUAGCAUUUUGCCACGAGAACUGAUGAUGAGUAUUGAUACACUGGUGAUGAGACAAUUCACGAAAUCAAACCUUCAACUUGGAUUGGUUCAAUACAAUAUGGAACAGCUUUUGGAGAGGAUCGUCAAGGAAACUGAAAGCAAAUCAGUGGAAGAGAUCGUUGUUCGUGGAAGGAGAGACACCACAUUCAGACCAACUGAGAUCCUUCGUAACCUCUUCGAGAAACUUCACAUCAGAAGUCGUCGUGAGAAAUCGAACGCAUUUGCGAUGGCAUAUCUUCGUUGGGACAAUCUUGACUUUGCAUUCUUACCGAUAGAUGCCGAGACUCUUCCAGAAGCAUUGCAGGUGUUGCGCGAUGGUAAGAUCGAUGUUUCACGUUUGGAACGCUACCUUGUUGAAGGAUGUCAGUUCAAUGACCACUCCGUCAUGAUGAGCAGCCGAAUGAUGCGUAGAGUGCCGACCACUAUUGGUUUGCCUUUGGUGAUCACGCACAGAAUGCCGACAAUAAUCGGCCUUGAAGGUAACGCAAAAGGUGAACUGAUCCCGCAGCGAUCAGAUCGUCUGAUUGGUGCUAAGAUUGUGGUUAGGGCACUAACGAAACUCACCACCACACAUCAUCUCGGAAUGCAAAUAUGGAGUCCAAUAUUGACAUCAGGCGUUGAGAUGGUUCAAAACGUAAGACUCAACUUACCGAUCGAUGCUCAGAUUGAAGUUAAAUAUGAGAAGAAGAUGCAGCUCAAAUUCAAGAUCAAGAUCCCUGAACGAAGAACGCAAAUCGCAGCUGUACAAAGCCGUUCCCUUACAAACAUUGCCCAAUGGCCAAUUGACCCGAAGGUAUUCGUCGAACCGAGACAGAGGACUAUCCCACACGAACUUAGACCAGCGCGUGUACAGAACAUCGAUAGAACAUUCGGUCAGAAAUGGUUGGACAUCCUUGUGAACGUUCGUGGACAGUACAAGAAUUGCAUUGCUGCUCAGAACAGCUGGGAAGUGAGCAUCGAGAAGAAACGUGAUGCGCCACGAGAAAUCGUUACGGAAAUCGAAAUGGAAUUGGUCAAGGAGAACAAGAUGAAGAGACCGGAACUUGAGAGAUUCUACUCGGAGAAGGUGGAGAGGGAAAAGUUCGAGAUCGAUGAUAGUGAAGACGUUGAAGAGCAAGAUCGUUCCGACAUAACAUCGAGGAAUAGCCGUAGAAACGAGAGGAAAGAAGAGGAGAAGCGCCGUGAGGAAGAGGAACGAUUGAGACAUCAGGAAUUCAGCCGAAACCUCAGAGAAUACAACCCACAGAGAGGCUACAAAGUGAAAAUGCAAAUGAGAGUGAAAGCUAUCGGAGCAGCAGAUGAACGCAAAGCAGAAUUGCAACUAGAGACUGGCUGUGACGAGAGAAUGCGUUAUUGUAUGCUGGUUGCAAACGCUCGACGUGUACCAAUAUUCGAAGAUGAGAAACGUGAAUGGACAUUCAGAACACAGAUUCAAUCUCUUUAUCCGGAACCAAUGAGGGAUUUCAAGGAAUGGAGCGAGAGGAAACACCGUGAAUUGAAUGCCCAAAUCGAGAUGGAAUGGGGAUGCGAUAGGAAACAACAUAUUACAAUGAAGAUCCAAGGUGAGCAAGAUCGUGAGCAACGUGAACUGAUGAACCGUAUUGAGCGCGACACGAAGCAAAUGACAGCAGUUGAACGAUACGAACGAAUCCUCAGAUCGACCAUCCUCAACCAAUACAGAAUUGUGGCCGAUUAUGAAAUUUGUCCGGUGUUGAGAUCGUAUCUAAACCAAGUCGUCAACAUGCUCAUAUCAUCACGGUGGUGGAAUUCUCGUGUUAUUCCGACUGAAAAUGACGAGAGAAGGAUGUUCGCGAAGAUCACAAUCGAUCCGCUCUCCCAUCAGUACGUAACACUCCGCAUUGAAAGACCUCGUGAGAGCGUUGAAAUCCGCGAUAUCCGACUCCCGAUGCCACUCGAACCCCUCAUGCUCAACAUCCACCGUCCACACACUCCAAUCCGUUCAAUCCGUCAUUUCGUUCGCAAGACUGUCACCCCAGAAGAAAGAGAUGCUGAAUGCCAAGUUUCAUCACGUCGUAUUAACACGUUUGACGAUGAGCAGAUCAAACUCCCUCUUACCACCUGCUACAGCGUUCUUGCCAAAGACUGCUCAUCAGAAGAACCCAGAUUCGCUGUUCUCAUGAAGAAGAUCGCCAAAGAUUCUGAGGAGAAGCAGAUGAAGAUCAUUGAUGAGGAACGAGUUAUUGAACUGAGACGUGUCCAUGACGAAAUUGAAGUGAGAAUCAAUGGACGUGUCGAGAGGGAUGCCGAGAAACUGGAGAGAGUCGGAAUCAACAACAGAGACGAUAUCGUGAUCGUUGAAUUGGAGGAUGUAACAGUUCGUUUCGAUGGAGUGAGUGCAUCAAUUAAGAUGUCACCUUUGUUCAAGAACGUGCAAUGCGGCAUCUGCGGACAUUAUGAUGAUGAGGCAAGGGAUGAAUAUCGUAAAGCCGAUAAUGAGUUGACAAAUGACUUGGAGCAAUAUCACCGUAGUUAUUUGAACAGAGACGACGAAUGUGAGAUCGACGAGGAGGUGAUUAGCAAGAAGGAUAACUACAGAGUAAUCCGUGAUGACGAAGAGAGACUCGACGAGAGUUCUGAAGAAGAGCGAGAAGUUGAGAAACCAGUGAUGAGAACGCAUGUGAUUGAAUACAACCACGAAACAUGCUUCUCAAUGAAGGGUGUACCCGAAUGCCCGAGAGGAACCUAUGCCAGAGAGUCACAGAGAGUGCCAAUGAAGGUGUCGUUCGCUUGUAUUUCACGUUCAUCACCCAACGCAUCACGACUUGCUGAUCGUGCUCGCACUGAAGUCAUCAAGAUGGAUAAGCAAAAGCCAAGCUUUGUUGAUACCAUCAUGGUUCCGAGAAGAUGCCUCGUCUUUUAA